AAGAGUCAGUCUCAAAGCGAUCGUCGUGAAAGCAGCGUGUAAUAGCGGUCGGUUUUAUUUUACCUUUGCACUUGUAUGCGUGUAUAAGUGUGUGUUUGCUACAGCCUUAGCAGCUGAUGUGGAACAUGGCGCACAAUUUGGCUGGCCAAUAAAUUAAGCAUUGGUGUGUGUGUUGAAAGUGUCACGACAGCAACAGCAACGGCAACGGCAGCAGCAGAAACGAGUAGAACCCGAUAAACGUGCCGCACCAGAAAAUCGGCAGACAAUUGAACAGAAUAUAAAUUGCAAGUGAAAUUAGAAAGAAAAGUGAAACAGCAGCAGCAGCAACAACACACGCACACACACACACAGUGAGGAAUAACCGGAAAUCAGUAAAAGUAGCAGCUGACUCUCGAAUCAACUGGAAUUGCAAUGUAUCGUCCAAAUUUCUACGAGUCCACUUGCCUCCGCUGCAGCGAGACCGUCUAUCAGGUGGAUCGCGUGGGGCCGCUUAAGGAUUUCACAUUCUUCCAUUCCGGUUGCUUCAAGUGCGUCCAUUGCGGCACCAAGCUGACUCUCAAAACAUACUUUAACAAUCAACACAAGCAGGACGACAAAGAGGUCUAUUGCAGUUCACAUGUACCAAAGAGCGGACCCGGGCAUCUUGACCAGACAUCGGUGGGCAUCAGACAGGCCUUGAAUGCGCCGCGUACCAACAAAUUUGUGAACGAACAAAUACGCGGCACACGCACCGAGAUCGAUGGUGUCCUGAGCUCGCGCCAAUCAACGCCCAAUGGCUAUGGGGGACGUGAGGUGAGCUCGCCAUCGCAAAACGAUUCCGAUUACAAAUAUGGACGCUUCGAUGCGAGCGCUUUGCAUAUUGCGCACGCUCUCAAACAGACGGAGAUACAAAAGGCCUACAAUAAGGCGCGCGAGAAGCCAAUUGAUUUCUACCUGGCACGCGAGGAGCAGGCGCGCCUGGAGAUGAAGCAUCGCAAAGAGGAGGACGAUUUGUAUAGGAAAUUUGCGCGAAAACGCGAAGAGGAGGAUCGCAAAAUACAGAACGAGUUCCAGGACGAAUGGGAGCGCGAGUUGCAGCGCCUGACUCACAAAUUCGAGAAGGAGCUUGCCACGUCGCGUCGCAAUCGCGAUGAGGCCAACAUUCUGACGCUGCGCCACGAGCAACAGAAGGAGGAUCUGGAGAAGAACAUGACGUUGAGACGCAGCAAGAAAAAGGAGAGCAUCACACGCAAGAUGCUGGAGCACGAACGCUAUGAGACUGCAGCAUUGGUGGAUCGUCAGUCCAGCGAAAUGUUGGAGUUGAUUAGCGCCCGCCGUUCCGAGUACAUGCAGAGCGAAAGCAUCUUCCUCGACGAUGAGUUCAGCGAGGGUGCCGUGCCCAUUGAGUACCCGUUGAAUGCUCCAAUUCCAGCGCCGCCAGCUGUCAGCAAAUUUCAAAUCUACACGGAUCCCAUUGAGUUCGAGGAUGUGGAUCGCAUUGCCAUCUCGGUGGCACAGGAGGAUCAGAAAACCUUCACGGAUCUGGUGCGCCAGCUCGUCGGUCGUUGCACCACGGACAUUGAGAAGGCGCGCACGAUUUUCCGUUGGAUUACGGUCAAGAAUCUGAAUGCCAUGCACUUUGACGAUGAUCUCAGAGGCGACACUCCAAUGGGAUUGCUGCGUGGCAUCAAGUACGGCACCGAGAGCUACCAUGUGCUGUUCAAGCGUCUCUGCAGCUACGCUGGUCUGCAUUGUGUCGUCAUCAAGGGCUACUCCAAGAGCGCUGGCUACCAGCCAGGGGUCAAGUUCCAAGAUUCACGUUUCCGCAACUCUUGGAAUGCUGUCUAUGUGGCCGGCGCCUGGCGCUUUGUUCAGUGCAACUGGGGUGCACGGCAUCUGGUCAACGCCAAGGAAGCGCCCAAACAGGGACGCGGCAAAAACGACAGUUUGCGGUACGAGUAUGACGACCAUUACUUUCUCACCGAUCCUCGGGAGUUCAUCUACGAGUUCUAUCCGCUGCAGGAGGAGUGGCAACUGCUAAAGCGUCCCAUAACGCUGCGCGAGUUCGAGAAUCUACCGUUUGUUCGCUCGCUCUUCUUCCGCUACGGUUUGCACUUUGCCGACGAGGGUUACGGAGCAGUGGUUUUCACAGAUGACACGGGCGCGGCCACUGUGCGCAUUGCCAUGCCCACGGACAUGCAGAGUUGCCUGAUCUUUCACUACAACCUCAAGUUCUACGACAGCGACGAAGAGCUCUCCUACGACGGCGUCUCGCUCAAGCGGUUCGUGAUGCAGUCCGUCAUUGGCAACAUUGUGGCCUUCCGUGUGCACGCACCGUGCUCGGGUGCCUUCCUGCUCGAUAUUUUCGCCAAUGCAGUGACGCCCCAGGAGUAUCUGACAGGCGAACCCAUGAAAUUCAAGUCUGUGUGCAAGUUUAAGAUCUGCUGCGAGGAGCUGCAGACGGUUAUGGUGCCGCUGCCGGAUUGUGCCAGCGGUGAAUGGGGUCCCACCAAGGCCACUCGUCUCUUUGGACUCAUACCCAUCACACAUCAGGACCCGCUCAUCUUUGCCGGUCGCAGCUUGGAUCUGCAGUUCCGCAUGUCACGGCCGCUGACAGACUUCAUGGCAACGCUGCACAAGAACGGCAUCGAGGAGAAGAAGCUGGCCAAGUAUGUGACACACAGCACACUCGAUGACAUUGUCACGUUCAUCAUCAACUUUCCGGAGGAGGGUCAGUAUGGCCUCGAUAUAUACACACGUGAGCUGGGCGCGCCGCAACACCACAAUCACCACAACAACAACAAUAACAAUUCCUCCUCAUCGUCCGGCGAGAAGCAUUUGCUGACACAUUGCUGUAAAUAUUUAAUCAACUCGUCCAAGCGCAAUUGAAGUGCAACAUCGAAUGCGACACCUUUUGAUUGCUACCGUCAUCAACCAACAACAACAACAAGAACAACAAAUGCAAUAUUAAUGAUUAGUUUGUGAAUUAAGUAAUAGCUACUAAAGCGCAUCGGUAGUAGUUUCCACUGUACAGGUGCUAAAAUGGGGAAUCAUGUCCGCAUCAAUCAUGCUCAAUCAUUUGUUAAUCCACAUUUCAGGCUUCAAUCAUUUCUUAUACAUACAUACGCAAAUUGCGUAUAACUAAUAUUAACAGAUUGGCAUUCGAAUUGAAUUGAAAAGAACAAAACAAAAACUAAAAAAAGACAAUGUAAAUACUCUAGACUCUAAUCAUUAGUCCUUAAUUUUGCCUAGUAAUACCUGAAUGAUCCAAUUCUUAUAUAUGUGUUGUACUUAUUAUCAAUUAAUAUUAAUGCCUAAUAAUUUAUUAUGAAUGAAUGAGACAGAGAUGUCUUGUCUUUAAUACAAAAGUUUUUUUUAUUUAAAUAUUGAUAUCUGAAAUUGAAUCAACGCUACAAUUUGUUGCAACAAUGACAAUCACCCUGUAAUUAAACACUAUGAUAAUGUGAAAUCAAUAUUA